AUUGAAAUCGUAGCGGCAGGAAGCUUACUGUAGAGGUCACCAACGGAGUGCUAAUCACUCGACCAAUCACCUCGGGGAAGGUCUGAGACAAGAGCCAAUCGCUGUCCUCGCAGGACAUCAUCUGAACAGAUGAGCGAGCGCACAGGAAACAUGGGUCCGCGCGCGGUGUUCUCGCACAAGACGUUGAUUCCUGCGCGGUUUCAGCAGAUCAACUGAUGCGAUCCCCGCCGACUUGGAAACGCUCGCGGCUGGCGAAUGAGUUCAAUGUCUGUUCUAUGGAAAGCAUGCGACGAACAAGGAGUUGCCGGGGCAAGUCUGUGGCAGAUUCAGGGAGUGGAGCUUCAGAGGCGAAGACAAUUUGGCAGUGGAAGGAGGACGAUGGUGAGUGGGAACCGUAUCCUCCAGAGGUCUGUGUCCAGCUGGAUACAGCAAAGCAGGCCGGUGAAAAGUCAGUGUCACUGGCGAUCGGACCUGGUUAUGUAGUGGAUCUUGCGAAAAUGACUCAGACUAAUACUGUCACCAAGCAUAAACGAAAAAUACGCCUUCAGAAAGUGAAAUCGGAAGAUGCGAAUGAAGGGAAUGCUUUGAAUGACAAAAAUGGAGCUGCAGAUGUUGUUCAGGUUAAAGAAGAGAAAGAGGAGGAAGAGGAGCAACCGGUUUCCAAGAAGAGACGCAAUGAAGGGAGGAGUCAGAGAGGGAACAAAGCCAAGCCCGUUGUAAAAGAGGAGAGUGAAGAAGAGGUUGUGAAGACGGUCAUUAUGAAAGGAAAAGCCCCGGUUGAUCCGGAAUGCAAGGCUAAAAUUGGAAAGGCCCACAUCUACAGCGAGGGGGCUGAUGUAUAUGAUAUAAUGCUGAAUCAGACUAAUCUUCAGUUCAACAAUAAUAAAUAUUACCUGAUUCAGCUUCUUCAGGAUGACAAUGGAAAAGCCUACAGCGUUUGGAUGAGGUGGGGACGAGUGGGUAAAGUAGGACAGAACAGCUUGGUUAACUGUGGGGGGAAUCUUGCUCAGGCCAAAGACACUUUCAAAAAGAAAUUCUUUGACAAGACCAAGAAUGAUUGGGAGCAUCGAGCUAAUUUUGAGAAAGUUGCAGGAAAAUAUGACAUGGUAUUUGUAGACUACAGCACUGAAGACAAGGAGAAGGACAAGGCUGUAGUAUCCUCUCCUCCUGAAAUGAAGCCCUGCCAACUGAACAGCAAGGUCCAGUCUCUCCUAGAGCUUAUAUGUGACCUGAAAGCCAUGGAAGAGUGUGUGCUAGAAAUGAAGUUUGACAUCAAAAAAGCCCCACUCGGAAAACUAACAACAGAGCAAAUUCGAGCAGGCUAUGCCUCUUUGAAGAGGAUUGAGGAGUGUUUAAAGAAAAAGAAGAGUAAUAAGGAACUCUUGGAUGCAUGUAACCAGUUUUACACUCGUAUCCCCCAUGACUUUGGGUUGCGGACACCCCCCAUAAUACGCACAGAGGAUGAGCUAAAGGAGAAAAUUGCUUUGCUUGAGGCUUUAAGUGACAUCCAGAUAGCUGUGAAAAUGGUUCAGUCUAGUGUUCAGAACGAUGAGCAUCCUUUGGACGGACAGUAUCGUUCUCUACAAUGUCGACUGCAGCCACUGGAUUCUAACAGCAAUGAAUACAAGGUUAUAGAGAAAUAUCUUCAGUCCACUCAUGCACCCACCCAUUCUGACUACACAAUGACCAUUCUGGACAUCUUUGCUGUGGAGAAAGAAGGCGAGGACGACAACUUUUGCUCUGAGAUAGAAAACAAAAUGCUCCUGUGGCAUGGUUCCCGUCUGUCGAACUGGGUGGGGAUCCUGAGUCAGGGGCUGCGAGUGGCCCCUCCAGAGGCUCCAGUGACCGGAUACAUGUUUGGUAAGGGGAUCUACUUUGCAGACAUGUCAUCUAAAAGUGCCAAUUACUGCUUUGCCAAUCAGAAGAACGACCAAGGACUCUUGUUGCUGAGCGAGGUUGCCCUUGGGAAUAGUAAUGAAAUUUUGGAUGCAGAUUACAAUGCUGACCAACUGCCUUCUGGGAAACAUAGCACAAAAGGCCUGGGGCAAACUGGGCCUGACCCAAACAACUAUGUUGCAUUGGAUGGUGUGACUGUACCCAUGGGGCCCUCUGUGAAGACCGGGGUGGGGCAGAAGGGAGGUUACUCCCUCCUUUAUAAUGAGUACAUUGUUUAUAACCCUGCUCAGAUACAGAUGAAGUAUCUCCUUCGAGUUAAGUUCAACUUUUCUUCGCUGUGGUGAGGCAGUCGGGAUUCUUUACAUUUAGAACAGUUUUUACAGAUGAAGGACCUACACUAUAGUUAUACAGUAUGUAGCUCAUGUGUUCAUGAAUUGAAAUAGAUUUAAACAUUUUUCUGUAAAUAUCUGUUGUAACUUCAAUAGCUAUCUGAAGUUGAGUCAUUUCCGUUGACAUAAAUGGAAUAUUGCUAUUAUUAAUCAAAAUAAAAUAUUACAUUUUCUACUGUU